AAGAACAAUAAGCUCUGAUAAUUGACGUGAAAGUGUCAAAUACGAUUUUCUGUGUCAUCUCGAUUUUUAAUCGAAGCAAUCGACUUUUAAUCGAUACAGUGUUACAUGGCGGCGCCCACGAGUCUAAAGAUAAAUAUUCAUGGUGUCGGCCUUUUUCCAUCUGCGACAUUGCGGCCACUCUCACGUUGACGUGAGUGCGUGGAGUCACGUCGAGUUGAAAUUGAAACCGGUGUUACGUUUACGUGUGCCUCCACGAUGAAGACGGACGACGAAACGUGGAAAUUGUUAUUUCCAAUAUGUAUUAACGCGGUAAUGUCCGUGAGUGCGUAUUGCUUAACCGUACAUUUAAUUCCAAGAAUAAAAGACAAGUUUAUCAAAGCUAACCUCCACGGCGUCGACAUGAAUAAGAGAAGCGGAGAUAAAAUACCUGAGGCGAUAGGUGUUGUUACAGGAUGUAUAUUUCUCAUAACAAUGUUUCUAUUUAUCCCCGUACCGUUUACAGAUUACAUAUUUAGAAACGAACAUUUCCCGCACAAUAAGUUUGUGGAAUUUUUGGCUGCAUUACUGUCCAUAUGUUGCAUGCUACUUUUGGGCUUUGCCGAUGAUGUCUUGGACCUCCGUUGGCGACAUAAAUUACUUUUACCCACUAUAGCAUCUUUGCCACUACUGAUGGUUUAUUACGUUAACGUUAACUCCACGAUUGUCAUCGUGCCAAAACCAUUGAGACCAUGGCUUGGUUUCUCACUGGACUUGUGGAUAUUCUACUACGUAUACAUGGGAAUGUUGGCUGUGUUUUGUACAAAUGCCAUAAAUAUAUUAGCCGGGAUAAAUGGUUUGGAAGUUGGACAGAGCUUGAUCAUUGCCGCGAGCGUUCUUAUCUUUAACGUCACAGAAUUAUUUGGCGGCCAAUGGAAGGCACAUCAGUUUUCAAUAUACUUUAUGCUGCCGUACAUGGCUACUUCCCUCGCAUUGUUCAAGUUUAAUCGGUAUCCGUCGCAAGUUUUUGUGGGCGAUACGUUUUGUUAUCUAUCGGGAAUGACCUUCGCCGUAGUCGGCAUCUUAGGUCACUUCAGUAAAACGUGUUUGCUCUUCUUCAUUCCUCAAAUAGUAAAUUUUUUAUAUAGCGUGCCGCAGCUCUUUCACUUCGUACCGUGUCCCAGGCACAGAUUACCAAAGUAUAAUAAAGAAACGGACAAAUUGGAGCCUAGUACGACUGUAUUUCAUAAAUCGGAUCUCAAUGCGAUUGGAAGAUUAUUGAUGUGGAUAUUAAAAAUUUUCAAGUUGGUAAAGUGGCAAGAAGACGAAAAAGGCAUUGUAAUUUGCAACAAUCUAACGUUGAUCAAUUUUAUACUGAUUAAUGUAGGCCCAUUGAGAGAACCAACGCUUACAUCAAUUUUAAUGAUAAUUCAGGUUAUUUGUAGUGCAGUAGCUUUCGUUAUUAGAUAUCCCUUGGCUUCCAUAUUUUAUGAUGUUUAAAUAGGCGCACAAUUGUACGUUUUCUCAUGUAUGAAAUGUAACGUACAUAUUUAAAGGGUAAUUAUUAUUAGGUAAUUAUUUGUACACUACUAUAUUACUUCCUUAGUGACUAUUAUAAAUACAGAUUUAGCAAAAUAUUUUAUUAUAAUAGAUCAUAAAUUUAUUAUAGUUAACAUUCGAUGAGAUCAAUGUAAUUAUACUUCCUUGGCUUUCUCAUUAAAAAUUUCUACAUUA